AUGUCUCUGCUUAAGUGGUUGCUGCGGGUCUCCAAUCGCUCUUUGCUCGCCUUCAUCUUCUUCUUCUCCCUCUCGUCGUCUUGUUUGUACUUCAUCUAUGUGGCCCCAGGGAUCGUAAACACCUAUCUCUUUAUGGUACAAGCCCGAGGUAUAAUGUUGAAAGAAAAUGUGAAAACAAUAGGACAAAUCAUCAGACUAUACACAAAUAAAAAUGCUACUCUCAAUGGUACAGAUUACCCCGAAGGCAAUAAUUCAAGUGAUUAUCUUGCUCAAACAUCAAUGUAUCUUCCAGAAAACUUCACAUAUUCUCCUUACCAUCCAUGCCCAGAAAAGCUGCCUUACAUGAGGGGCCUUAUCAAUGUCAAUAUGAGUGAAAUCAGUUUAGAUGAAAUUCAACAGGUAUUCUCUAAGGAUUUAGAUAUUGGUCCAGGUGGUCAUUGGAGGCCCAAAGACUGCAAACCCCGAUGGAAGGUGGCAAUUCUCAUUCCUUUUCGCAAUCGCCAUGAGCAUCUUCCAAUUUUUUUCUUGCACCUGAUACCAAUGCUACAGAAACAACGAUUGGAAUUUGCCUUUUAUGUCAUUGAACAGACUGGCACCCAACCUUUUAAUCGUGCAAUGCUCUUUAAUGUUGGAUUUAAAGAAGCUAUGAAAGAUAUGAUGUGGGAUUGUAUAAUUUUUCAUGAUGUGGAUCAUUUACCAGAAAAUGACCGAAACUAUUAUGGGUGUGGAGAAAUGCCACGUCAUUUUGCAGCAAAGCUGGACAAAUACAUGUACAUUCUUCCAUAUAAUGAAUUUUUUGGUGGUGUGAGUGGACUGACAGUGGAGCAGUUUAAAAAAAUCAAUGGAUUUCCUAAUGCCUUCUGGGGAUGGGGAGGAGAAGAUGAUGAUCUCUGGAAUAGAGUUCAUUAUGCUGGAUAUAAUGUAACAAGACCUGAGGGAGACUUAGGAAAAUACAAGUCCAUUCCUCAUCAUCAUCGAGGCGAAGUCCAGUUUUUAGGACGAUAUAAGCUGCUACGGUAUUCAAGAGAGCGUCAGUACAUUGAUGGGUUGAACAAUUUAAUAUAUACUCCUAAAAUACUGAUCAGUAGGCUGUAUAAAAACAUCACUGUAAACCUCACUCCAGAUUUAGCUCCUGUUCAAGACUAUUGA